AAAGAACUAAAAAUCUGCCCGUAGUGCCCCCUGUAGCCCUUGUCCCAGAAGUUACUCUGCAAACGUCAUGCCACGAAAAAGGCCAGAUUAUUAAAGUACUUGACACCUACUAUGAUUUCGACGAAUCUACAGAACCACUUAAAGAUGCUGUGCUUGGUUCUGAGAAAGGAGAAAUUGAUUUAGAAUUAUUUCUUGAAAAGCUUGCCGCUAAAUGCAAUACUCUCUUACAAAAGUGGGCCCAAGCAAAGAAAAAGAACUUACUCAAGAAUCUCUGA